AUGUGCAAUAAAGUGAAUGAAUCGUCUACGAUUGUGGAAGGGUUAAAAGCCGAAUAUCCAGAAGUUUUUAGCACUGCCCUGGGAAAGUGCACGAAGGUUACCAUGAAGCUAUGGCUGAAGCCAGAUCAGCAACCAGUUUUUCGUUCAAAACACCCGGUGGCGUAUUCUUCGUAUCAAGCAGUUGAAGAUGAGUUGGAUCGAUUGAGGCGACUAAGGAUAAUAAAGCCGGUAGACAACUCCGAGUGGGCGGCUCCAAUUGAUAUUUUUGUGAAGCCAGCCAACUGUAUGGUCUUCAGUAUUAUCGACAUGUCUGAUUCGUACCUGCAACUGGAAGUAGAUGAAGCAUUAGAAGAUGCUUUAGAACUUUAUGCCAUUAAUACCCAUCGAGGCAUCUACAAAGUGAACCGUCUUGCUCCCGGGGUUAAGGCCGCGCCAGGUGCUUUUCAGCAAGUGGUCGAUGCCAUACUAGCAGGUCUUGAGCACACCUGCGGCUACCUGGACGACGUCAUUAUAGGAGUUUGGGGUUACGGGAGUUUGGAUUAA